CAUUAUUUUACAGAGUAAUAUUAUUCAAUCUAAAAAGGGAUUUGUUCACUCGAUGGAAAAAUAAACGAAAAACAGUUUUACAUAUCGCAAAAAAACUUUCCUUUCGAUAUGACUGUGAGAACAAUACUUCCCUCGAGACAAAAUUGAUUUUCAAACGCACGCAUGCUAUCCUUCCCCUUCCCCGUCAUCAUUACUUCGUUCAAAGCAUCUAUAGCGCAUCUAUAGCAUCAUGCGCAAUUUUUUACUGUGCACGCAAUCGACAAGGUACACCAGUCGUCCUCGCGCCAUCGACACAGUAGUAUGGCCAAGCUUAAUAUCUCCUGGUCAAAUGUGAACUGCGAGAGGGACAUACUCAACACGUUGAUAUGGAAUCGGUGGAUACUACGAGUCCUCGGAAUCUGGCCGCUGGUAUAUCCGGAUACCUCGACGAUCGAAAAGAUCCUAGCGAGCAUCUCGUUCGCGUUUUGCUGGUCCGUACUCAGUUUCCUUCUGAUUCCCCUGACCAUCUUCACGUUUUCGAAACACAGUGCCACGUAUGACAGGGUAAAGAUGCUGGGUCCGCUAGUCUACGUAUGCAUCUCGAUGCUAAAUUAUCUCUUUCUCGUGAUUCGCCAUAAGAACAUUCGGCAAUGUAUUCGCGUCCUCAGUACAGAUUGGCGCGUGGUACAGCAGGAGGAUCAUCGAAAGAUCAUGAUUAGGAACGCGGCGAAAGGCCAUGUGUUAUCCAAGUUUUGUAUAGUGUUUAUGUACUGUGGGGGUUUGUCGUAUCACACCCUGAUGCCAUUCCUGUCGCAUGCCCCUACCGACGAACAAAAUGGCACUGUCAGACCACUGCCCUGGAAAGGCUUCGAUAGCAUUUUUGAUCUGCACUUUAUGCCGGUCUAUAUUUUUGUUUUUUGCGCACAAUGUUGCUCUGGUAUUGUCAUGUUUAACAUAACCACGGGAGUGUGUUGCUUGGCAGCUAUGUUUGUAGCUCAUGCUUGUGGCCAAAUCGAGAUCGUAAUGGAUCACAUAGAAAACUUUAUAAAAAGUGUACAAAAGAGUCCCAAGCAACGUAUGGCAGUCAUCAUAAAACAUCAUGUGCAGAUAUUGAGAUUUUCAAUCAGCAUUGAUAGUAUUUUACGCGAAAUAUGUCUGGUUGAAAUAGUGGGAUCAACAAUAUGUAUAUGUACACUGGAAUAUUAUUGCAUGACGGAAUGGAACAAUAACGACAGCAUAGCAAUUUUGACAUAUUUGUUUCUAUUGGUAUCAUUUGUCUUUAACAUUUUUAUGUUUUGCUAUAUUGGUGAACAGUUAACAGAACAGUGCAGCAAAAUCGGAUAUUCUUCAUAUGAAAUCGAGUGGUAUCGUUUACCAGGAAAAAUCGCACUCGAUCUUACGUUAAUAAUCAGCAUAUCUCAUCGUCCGAUAAAAAUUACCGCAGGAAAAUUAAUCAAUCUCUCGUUCUCUAGUUUUGGCAACGUAAGUACAAUUUAUUUAUUUAGAAAGUAAAAAGAUAUAUUAAAAAUCACUAUAAUAUUUAUAAUGUUUACAGGCUAUAAAAACUUCGAUUGCGUAUUUCAACUUGCUGCGAACUUUUGUUGAUUAAAAAAUAUUUUACUUCUGCUUCAAUGGACAAAUUUAUAUUCAGU